UCAGGGAGCAGGUUCAGGAUGAGGGACGAGGACUGAGGAAGCCAAAAAAAGCUCUAAAUAUAUAUAAAGGUAGAGGAGACAAGCUUGUACACAGAUUAUCUUAUUAAAUAUCUACUCAGAUUGACAGUAAACUCACCACGGGACUCCAGUUACCAUGGUGACCCUGAACGUGGGGACCCUGACGGUGCCGGUGGGCAUCCUGAGGAUCCUGCAGGUGGUCCUCACCUGUAUCUCCUUCAGCCUGGCGGCCUCGGCGGGCCACAGGACCGACUCCUUCUGGGCCUGGUGCAUGUUCAGCUGGUGCUUCUGCUUCCUCGUCACCCUCCUCAUCCUCGUCCUGGAGCUCACCAGCCUCAGCGCCAAGCUGCCCGUCUCCUGGGACGACUUCACCACAGCCUUCGCCAUGCUGGCCACGCUAAUGGUGCUGGCGGCGUCCAUCAUCUACGCCACCUUCUUCACCUGCUCCAGCUGCGGUAAACAGAUCGGUGCCACCGUGACGUCCUUCCUGUCCUUCGUCCUGUACGCCGCCGAGGUGGGUCUGACCCGCGCCAAACCAGGAGAGAUCAGCGGCUUCCUGUCCACCGUCCCCGGCCUCCUCAAGGUGCUGGAGGCCUUCGUCGCCUGCAUCAUCUUCAUCUGCCUGAACCACGCCUUCUACUCCGGGCUCCCAGGGCUCCAGUGGUGCGUGGCCGUCUACUCCGUCUGCUUCAUCUUCGCCCUCCUCGUCAUCAUCUUCACCAUCUGCCGCCUGCUGACUCUCUUCCCGGCUCCCUUUGAGAAGGUCCUGACGGUGUGCAACGUGUUGGCGGUGCUGAUGUACAUGACGGCCGUGGUCAUCUGGCCCUUCUACAGCUUCAGGAACAACCCGAAGCCAAACAACUGCUCCAGAAGAUGUCCAUGGAACGAUUUAGUGGUGAUCAGCUUCAUGACGUGUUUCAACCUCGUCACCUACAUCGUGGACACGGUUUAUUCCUUCAGGCUGGUGUUCUUCGUCAGCAGGACGUAGGCUGCUAAUGUGUCUCUGAUUUCAGCUGAAAGUCCACUAGAACAUGAGCAGAUAAUGUUAUGUAAAGCAUUAUUAAAUAUCUGGAGUUCAGGAGAUUUUGGUUCAAAUGUGUCAACUUCCUCUGCAUUAAUUUCUGUCUGUGUUUAGCAUCUUUCAUCACAUGCAUGGCUCCUUUUUCUCCACACAAACUGGGCUAUCAGUCAGAU